AUGGCUACUACACUGGCAGAUCAGUGCUCAGUUGACCAAGUCGGCGACGGCGAAUAUGUCUCCAGACAAAAUCCCAUCCGGAUGGGCAACGCUGCCCACAUCGCCUACGGAGGCUGCACCGCGGGCGUAGCCGUCAACGCCGCAUGCCAAACAGCACCUCCUACAAUGUCGCUUUACUCAGUUUUAGGUCACUUCCACGGCCCGGCUUCAACAGAAAAGAAACUGUACUGCACCGUCACCAGUACCAGGGACACCCGGACAUUCGCGACGCGUAGAGUACAGGUCAAGCAACAGCAGGCCAAUGGCGAAUUUCGCGUCUGCAUGGAGGUCUUGGCGGAUUUCCACGUCAAUGAGGCGUCCGACUUUGAGUAUUCCGAAGCGACUUGCUCAAAAUGGCCGAGGGCGGAGGAUUGUCCAAACUUGAAGACACUGGUCAAGGACCUUCUGGACAAGGGCAGCAUCACCGAGGAUCAAGGCAAGACUUUUACCAAGGUCUUCGCUGCAAACGCCGACUUUUUCGAGACGAGAUACUGCACAGACGGUGUCUCGGCCCAGAAUCUAGCGGGCGCCGCCAAAACAACCAUCACAACACAAGACGACCGCUGCAUCACCGAAAAGGUCUCCGCAGAAUGGCAACGCGCUCGCGAGCCACUCGAGACGCCAAUCGACAACAUGAGUGCGCUGGCAUUCUUGAUGGACGGCGCGCUUUCCUUUCUGCCGCUAACGCAUAACCACAUGUGGUUCGACGACACGGCCGCCUGUUCGACACUGGACUUUGCGCUGCGCAUUUUUGUGCCCGAGAUCAAGAUGAAUGAGUGGUGUCUUAAGGAGCGCAAGACGUCGAGGGGCGGAGGGAAUAGAACUUAUUCGGAGGGCAAAUUAUUUGACAAGCAUGGCAAUUUAAUCGCGUCGAAUACGCAGCAGUCUAUUAUGAGAUUGAGGAAGGGUGCUAUAGUGCCGAAGCUCUAA